AUGACCACCAACGUGUGGCUGUCCCAGGAGUGGAACGACUACCGGCUGAGAUGGGACCCGGACAAAUACGAAGGCAUCAAGAAACUACGGAUCCCAUCCAAACUCAUCUGGCUUCCAGACAUAGUGCUCUACAACAAUGCGGACGGCGUGUACGAGGUUUCCUUCUACUGCAACGCGGUGGUCUCCAGCACGGGCGACAUCUUCUGGCUCCCGCCGGCCAUCUACAAGUCGGCGUGCGCCAUCGAGGUGCAGAACUUCCCCUUCGACCGCCAGAACUGCACCCUCAAGUUCCGCUCCUGGACCUACGACCACACCGAGGUGGACCUGGUCCUGACCAGCGACUUCGCCAGUCGGGACGAUUUCACGCCGAGCGGAGAGUGGGACAUAGUCUCCCUCCCGGCGCGUAAAAACGAGGACCCCCGGGAUCCGACUUACCUCGAUAUCACCUACGACUUCGUGAUCCAGAGGAAGCCCCUGUUCUACACCAUCAACCUCAUCAUCCCCUGCGUGCUCAUCACCUCGCUGGCCAUCAUGGUCUUCUACCUGCCCUCCGACUGCCGCGAGAAGAUGACGCUCUGCAUCUCCGUGCUGCUGGCGCUCACCGUCUUCCUGCUGCUCAUCUCCAAGAUCGUGCCGCCCACCUCCCUGGCCGUGCCGCUCAUAGUGAUUUUUUUCCACGAAACCAGUAAGAAUUUGAACUUUCGGUUUCGGUGGCAGAUCAUCCAGGACUGGAAGUACGUUGCCAUGGUGAUCGACCGUCUCUUCCUGUGGAUCUUCAUCCUGGUGUGUGUGGUGGGAACUCUGGGACUCUUCAUGCAGCCGCUCUUCCAGAGCUACAACACGCCGUCUGCAGAUGAGGCCGAGUGA